CCACUUCACGGGAAUGUUAGACUGUCAGCUGAUCGAAGUGCAAACCAGCUUUGCAAAGCUCUCCCUCGGCAGAGCUCUGUGACAGUAAAACCGCAUGGAUGAAGUUUAGAGCAACAAAUGAGGGCUGGAUACAAUUUUUUUCCCCACUGCCAGACACUGAUAUAAAAUCGCAGCCUUCUAAUAAAAAGGUCAAAAAGUCAAUUCGUGUUCCUGUGGUCACGUGGACCUGGUUUGUGAAAAGUGCCAUUUUGAGUGGUUUUAUUUGGAAAUCCGGACGGUAAACCCACCCAGUUGAUAGGGCCAAGCCAGGGGGUAACGCAUCUAGAACACCCAUUAACGCGUAUGACAGAAAAAGAGAGCUAAAAAAAGAUUUAUGCACGUUAAAUAUUUAUCUCCUCUAUGCCCUUCAGCGUGUUGAGAUUUCCAGUUCACUUUCACAAGACAAGCAGUCCUUGUUUCUUCGUUCUGAACUGUCCUCUAACAGCUGAUUGACAGUUCGCCAUUACUGAGCUGGGUGGUCCGUCUUGUUUACAAGCAACGAUUCAGCCGGAUGUAAUUUUUAGGACGAGUUGAUCGAAUAAGAGCAAGUCCUUCCGCCUUACUUGUUUUCGCAAAACCAUAAAAAUGUUGUCGGUGAUUCGUCGCUCAUCCAGGAUUCCGAGCCUGAGGAGCUAUUCUGCGGCUGUGGCAAUUCCAGCUCCGUCCCCUCAGCCCGAUAUUUACUUCAACAAGAUUUUUAUUAAUAAUGAGUGGCAUGAUGCUGUCAGUAAGAAAACAUUCCCAACCAUCAAUCCCUCCACAGGGGAAAUCAUCUGUCAAGUUGCUGAAGGAGAUAAGGCUGACGUGGAUAAAGCAGUGAAGGCAGCAAAAGAUGCAUUUAAAUUUGGAUCACCAUGGCGACUGAUGGAUGCAUCAGAAAGAGGGUUCCUUUUAAACCGCUUUGCUGACCUCAUUGAGCGUGAUAGAGCAUAUUUAGCAUCAUUGGAGACCUUGGAUAAUGGAAAACCAUACCACAUAGCCUACACGGCAGACUUAAGUUUGGUUAUUAAGUGCAUCAGGUAUUAUGCAGGCUGGGCUGAUAAAUACCAUGGUAAGACCAUUCCCAUUGAUGGAAACUAUUUCUGCUAUACACGUCGUGAGCCGGUUGGUGUGUGUGGGCAAAUCAUUCCGUGGAAUUUUCCAUUGACAAUGCAGGCCUGGAAACUUGGACCAGCAUUAGCAACUGGAAAUGUGGUGGUGAUGAAGGUGGCUGAGCAGACCCCACUAACAGCACUCUACACAGCAAAUUUGAUUAAAGAGGCUGGAUUUCCACCAGGAGUAGUGAAUAUUAUUCCUGGUUAUGGACCAACAGCAGGAGCAGCUAUUGCCUCACAUAUGGAUGUAGAUAAAGUUGCAUUUACAGGAUCCACUGAGGUUGGCCAUCUGAUCCAGCAGGCUGCAGGAAAAACUAAUUUGAAAAAGGUGACAUUGGAGCUGGGUGGGAAAAGUCCUAACAUUAUACUUUCUGAUGCUGAUGUGAACUAUGCAGUUGAGGAGGCCCAUACAGCUCUGUUCUUUAACCAAGGUCAAUGUUGCUGUGCUGGAUCACGUACUUAUGUUCAAGAAUCUAUCUACAAUGAAUUUGUAGAGAAGAGUGUGGAAAGAGCAAAGCGUCGUACUGUGGGAAAUCCAUUUGACUCCAAGAAUGAGCAGGGACCACAGGUGGAUGAAGAGCAAUUCAAUAAGAUUCUGGGAUAUAUUAGCAGUGGAAAGAAAGAAGGAGCAAAGCUACUCUGUGGUGGUGGAGUGGCAGCAGAUCGUGGGUAUUUUAUCCAGCCAACUGUGUUUGGAGACGUGAAGGAUGACAUGAUUAUUGCUAGAGAGGAGAUUUUUGGACCAGUGAUGCAGAUUCUGAAGUUUAAGACACUUGAGGAGGUGAUUGAACGAGCAAAUGAUACCAAAUAUGGACUUGCAGCAGCAGUUUUCACUAAUGAUCUCAAUAAGGCUAAUUACAUCUCUCAUGGUUUACGUGCAGGAACUGUCUGGAUAAACUGCUAUGAUGUGUUUGGGGCUCAAGCUCCAUUUGGUGGAUACAAAGCUUCAGGUAGUGGACGGGAACUUGGAGAGGAUGGAUUGGAAGCGUACACAGAAGUAAAGACGGUGACAACCAAGGUUCUUCAGAAGAAUUCCUAAACCUACCUGCCCACUAACUUGUAGGCUUUUUAAGUAUGGAAUUCAAAAGAGUGCUGCAUUUAAAUUGAUUUAAUAAAUAACUUUAAUCAAAAGCCUGAUUUAUAUAAUCAUCACAUUAAUUUUGAACUUGGUCAAUAUAAUCUUUUUCCUAAGCUGGAAAAAAACACAUGACAUGGAAUUUCUUCAAAUGUCUGGUAAUGAGCUUCAAUUAUACUUGUAGAUAUUAUUUCGUGUGGGGAAUAAAGGAAUUAAAUAUAGUGGAUGAUGGAUGCAAGUCAGGACAUCUUUAUUGAAAUUUGAUUUGGUUUGAUAGGAUUACUGUCAAAUUUAAAAUACUUGUCUGCUUGAUCAUUAAAGAAAACAGCAUAAUUUUUUUCUCUUUAAAUCAUUGAAAAUAAUUGUAAGAAUUCCAUCCAUAUUUCAUAAGGAUAAUAGAUUUCUCAUUAACUACAGGUACACCAUACAUAUCACAAGUCAUGACAAGAUUGAAUGCACAUUUUUACUUUAAUACUAACUAAAUUUCUGUAAUGAUCAGUAAACCUUUUUGGAAAUUUAGUUUAGGAUUGAAUAUUAGAAUCACUGUACAGCAUCCAAUAAAGAGAAUUUAUUUGCUAA